AUGGGUUUGAGACAAACAAAACAUUCACCAAAUAUUAUUCGUGAAAAUUUAUGCGAAGUUCACGCACACAUAUGCAAUUUUAUUAUUCCUUCUAAUCAUGUCACUACAAAAUUACCUGUUAAUGAUUAUAUAGUAAAACAUAACCAGCGAGAAUUUAUGUUAAUCUAUUUGGAUAAAAAUAUGGAUGAAAAUACCGUCGACGUAGUUUCUAGAUUAAAUGAACAUUUACAACGUUUUGAUGAUCAAUUAGAAUGUAUUAAAUUUAUUCGUUCAAUUGAAAAUACAAAUAAAGCUGUAUUUUUAAUUAUUCCUGGUUCAUUGGCAAAUAAUUUAUUAAACGAAAUUCAUUCAUUAAAACAAAUUGAUUCAAUAUUUAUUUAUUGUAGAAAACGUUAUAGAUAUGAAUCAUUAUUAGAAAAAUAUGAUAAAAUUGUUGAUAUUUGUACAGAAUUAGAUGAUUUAGACAUAAAAUUACAACAAAAUUUAGAAAGAUAUUUAACAAUAUUUAAUUUUUAUAAUAUAAAAAAAAGUAUACGCGAUUUAAAUCGUGAAUCAGCUGAGUUUAUUUGGUUUCAACUAUUACAAUCUAUGCUAAUGAAAUUACCACACAAUACUGAACAAGCAAAACAAGAAUUGUUAACUCAAUGUCGUUUGCAUUAUCGAACACGUAAAGGUGAAUUGGAUACUAUUAAAAAGUUCGAAGAUGAAUAUAAAUCGGAUGACGCUAUUCAAUGGUACACAAAAAAUUCAUUUCUUUAUCGUAUAGUUAAUCAAGCAUUACGUACUGAAUAUGUUGAAGAAUUAUAUACAUUUCGUUAUUAUAUUGUGGAUCUUUGUUUACAUUUACUUAAACGAUCUAAUGAAUUUAAACAGUUAAAGGAAAAUUUUCAACGUGUUAUAACACUAUAUCGUGGAUCAGAAAUGUCCAGUGAUGAACUAACUAAAAUUAAAUUAAAUCAAGGUGGAUUAAUAGCUACAAAUGGAUUCUUGUCAACAAGUCGAAAUAAACGAAUAGCUAAAAGUUUUGCUAACAUACAAUCAUCAAAAACAGUAGGAGAACAAAAUACAAACGGAAGUAAUAAAUUGGUGUCCGUUCUAUUUGAAAUUGAUGUCAAUGUACAACUUAGCAGUAUUAUAUUAGCAGAUAUCUCAGAUAUGAGUCAAUUUCCAGAAGAAGAAGAAAUGCUAUUUGGUUUAGGUGCAGCAUUUAAAAUAGACAGUGUUGAAGAAACGAUAAAUGAAUUUUCACGAAAAUAUACGCUUGUGAAAAUGCAUGCAACAAAUGAAGGAAAAGAAAUAGCUAAAGAUUAUAUUGCGUAUAAACAAGAAAUAAUAUCUGGUGGAAACGUAUCUAUUGUAUUUGGUCAAUUAUUAACAAAUAUGGCUGAAUAUAGGAAUGCCAUUGCUUAUUUUAAAAAUUUAUUAAACAAACAUGAAUACAAUGAUGACAAUGAUUUAGCUACUAUCCAUUUUUGUAUAGCUGAUGCUUUAAUGUCGAUCGGUGAAUAUGAACAAGCGUCAGAUCAUUGUCAGUAUUCAUAUAGUAUUUAUUCAAAAAAUAAUACAAUUGAUGGUGUGGCCAACACAUUAGCACGUAUGGCAAGCGUUAGUAUUUGGAAAAAAGAAUAUGAUUCUGCGUUAACACAAUAUGAACAAGCAAUUACAUUAUAUAAAAUGUUAAAAUCAAAACAAGAUGUAAAUAUUGCCAAUUGUCAAAAUGGUUUAGGUGAUGUUUAUUUUGGUAAAAAAAAUUAUCCAAAAGCAUUAUCUAAUUAUAUUGAUGCAUUAAACGUAAGAGAAAAACAUUUACCUAAUGAACAUCCAGAAAUAGCUCAAAGUUAUUUUAAUAUAGGCAAAGUUUAUUCAUAUCAUUGUAAUUUUGAAAAAGCAUUUAGAUAUUUAAACAUAGCAUUAGAGAAAAAACAGAAAAUUUUUCCUUCCCAUCAUCCGACAAUAGGAUGUACUCUGUAUGCACUUGGAAAUGUAUGUUAUAGUAAUGAAAAGACAGGCAAAGCAUUAGAUUACUAUAACAGAGCAUUAGAAUGUUAUGAACACACUUUGCCUCCGAAUCAUCACUACACAAUCAACGUAAAAAAAGAUAUUGAAAAAGUAACGAAACAUAUCAGUCAUCAAUUUUAA